UUUAAAUAUUAUUUGAUGCGGGAUGAAUAUUGUGUGGUGUCAUUUUGUGUGGAAAACCUUCAAAAUGAAGGUGUCUUACUUGAUUUUGACUGUGUUUUGCAUCGUCCAUGAAACGGUAAGAGGUGACAUUACGAAUCGUCCUGAAAACGAUCAUACAAUCUUGAAAAGAUCCCCGAGAGAACGAAGGCGAGUCCUGGGAGUAUUUUCGAACAGUAUCCUCAAAAGUCCAAAUUUAAAGGAACAAUUUGACGAAGCAAGGAAUAGAUUUCAGCCCUUUGCGCAGUCACUGAACGAGCAGAAAUUAUCUGAUAAUGCAGCGAAGCUCAACUUUGGUGGUUUGGUACAAGUCCUACAAAAUCUGAACAAAAAACCUAAUGUGGAAGCUGAAUCUGAUGAGGGAAUGAAUAUAAAUGCGCCUGAAUCCAUAAAAGAUCAGGCAGGCAAUCCAGAUCAGGGAAUUCAACCUUUUUCGUCUACUGAGAAGAUUCCAGAUGAACCUGAGUCUUACAUGAGAGACCUCAUUUCUCCUGUGUAUGAAGAAGCAGAUGUAGAACACCCACACACUAUUUCUUCUUUGCUUAGCAUCCAGGAGGUGGAAGAACCGAUUGAUUCUUUUUUGCCUUCCAAAGUUGAACACAUUAAAGAAACCAAGUCUGAGAAAGUAGUUUCACAUGCCAUGUCUUUAGUAUACGACUCCCUGGAAUGGUUUUCUCGACGUUUUCCGACACUUUCGCGAGUCAUUUUGUUAACUGUGUAUUUCAUCAUCAGAUUAUCGGUGCCUUUCCUAUGAGAUGGCUGCUAGAUUCGACCUUCUACAGAUUCAAACUUGAUCAAUCACCAAUUAUAGUUAAGAACAGAAUAGUUACUGUAUUAAGAAAAAAGCACUGAUUUCAAAUACAAUUUUACUUCAGU